AUUUUCGACGUUGUCCCAUUCCAGGAAAAAAAACACGUAAAGGAGCAGGCGAAUUGCGCGUAGAUAGAAAGCUGCGUUGCAAAGUGUCGCAUGGUCCUCGUGCGUUUCUUUUCUUCCUCUUUUUCCCUCCAGAUCUCAAACAGCGCCUCUAUAGCGCAACACCGUCCCAACCAACGGCCUAAAGACACCGUUAAGGCCUCUAUGGAUCUAAAAAUUCCAACAUCUAUCGUACGACUUUUACAGACGAACUGCGUUCCCUCUCCAACGGAUACGCAGCGUAUCAGCCAUCUCCUUGAAGAACAAAAACUGGAGCUUUCGUUUAUUAGCGAGGAAUUAGAUCGCGCCCGCGCGGAGGUCUCACGCCUCGAGGCUAAAUAUUUUGGAUCCAUGGAAAUGGUCCAAAAAUUGGAAGCGCUAAGAUCCCCCGUCCGCCGCAUGCCAAUAGAGAUCAUGACGAAAGUCUUCGAGCAAUGCGUCCAGGACGAAGGAAGUCAGGAGCCCGAUCCUCUGCGGGCUCCUUUGUUAUUGUGUCAAGUUUGCGGCGAUUGGCGAGACCUCAUGUUCUCUCUUCCUUACUUGUGGAGGACCCUCAAGGUUGGGUUUCCAUCCGCAACCCCAAACUGGGAGAACGUUAUGCAGUCAAGGAUCAUGUCCAUGCACGUGUGGAUAUCCCGUGCGAAAGCUCUUCCAAUUUCCUUAAUCCUCCAGCACCCAAGCAACUCCCCGAUCACGUGGGGUGCGCUUAUGUCACUUGACAAGGAGAUCCUGACUCUCGGAUGCCGCAUUGAAGAGCUUUGCCUCAGAUUUUCUCCGUUGGCACUCAGCUCCUUGUUGACAUUCACCCAAAGUCCGCUCCCGCACCUACGGCGUCUUGAGCUUCAUAACAGCAACCCCCUUCCUAGUAGUGACAACCCACCUUCAUUACUUCUUCAUGAUGCGCCAAGCCUCCGCAGCCUCUCCAUUGCGUGGGGUAGUGUCGACACCACUCAGUUUUGCGUCCCUUGGAGUCAAUUGACACAGUUGUCUCUUCAGUAUGACGCCAGCCCCUACUGGAAUGCCGUUCACAACGACUACCUCAUUACACUUCGUGAAUGUCCUAAUCUCAAAUGUUGCUCCAUCGGAAUAGGAAUGACAAUACUCGACACUGAUGCAGAUAUGGUUGCACCUGUCACACUUCCCAACCUCGAAUCAAUGAAAGUACGCCUCUUCUGUCAAACGCUCUACACCCACCAGUUCUUCGAUGCGCUCCACGCACCGAAGCUGCGCACGUUUGAAUUUCAGAACGUCAGUCUCGCCAUGGGUUCGUUCGCUAGCCAGACGGAACCCCUCCCCUUCAUCUCACGGAGCGCGGAGACUCUCGAGAACCUAUCCUUUGACACAAUCAAUAUAUCUGAUGUCAACAUGCUCUCAUGUCUCUCCCAGCUUCAUCGCUUAAAACACCUGCGUUUCCUGCCUGGCCCCCUUCAACUCAAUCACAACCUCGUGGACAGCCUCGUUUUGUCCGGAGCACCUCAAGGCACCUCCAUCUGUCCUCGACUCGAAUCAUUGAGUCUCAAAUGCUCAAAACGUGUUUCUACCGACAGGGUGACGGAGCUUGUAGAGUCGAGGUGCAGUGCUAGUCCGAAGUUAAGAGAAUUUUGCUUGCAGAUCGCCGCAUUUGACUAUGGGCAGGACUCGCGGGAUAAAACAAUUGUCGAGCUGAGAGAACGUCUGAAACAGUGUGUGGAGGGGGGAUUGCAGCUCCAUCUGAUGAAGGCAAAGCCGACGGGUUGAUGUGAGGUUGAACCUCGGCUUCUGAUUGUGCGUAUCAUCCCUUCUUACUAGCUUGUCCCUGUUUUCUCGGCUCUUAUUACGAUAACCGACACCAUUACAUCCCGUGCUGAUGAUCAUUUCUUGC